AUGCAUAUUGAUCUCAAACUAGAGCCCCAAUCCGAGACUCUCCUUCCCAUCUCAGCGACCACCUGCCCCAACGCCUCACCCCGCACCGAUGCCACAAAACCAAACCUCUACUUUGCCUACGGCUCCAAUCUCUCCCCGACGCAGAUGAAACAGCGCUGCUAUAUUAAUCCCUCCUUAUCGGCAAAACCUAUCGCCAUCGCAAUCCUCCCGAAGUGGAGGUGGCUUAUCUGUGAAGCGGGGUACGCCAAUGUCCUCCCUCCGCCAGGGAUGCGGGUCGGGGCACAGAAUAGCGAAGCCGCGAUGAAAGUACCAAUUUCUGGAACAGAGGAUGCUGUAUAUGGUAUCCUUUAUGAAAUGGAUCUUGGAGAUGAGCAGCUUCUAGAUGGGUAUGAAGGUGUGGAUUGGAAUGCGGAGGUGGGGGGAGGGGAAGGAGAAGUGGGGAAGGAUAUCCGACCUAGGGAGCAGGGGGAGGGAGAUUAUAAUAAAUGGUAUCUUCCUGCGACUGUUUUGAAGUGGAUUGAUGGUGAUCAUCGGCUAAAGACGGAAUCUGGACUUGUUCGGGUGCUUGUAUAUGUUGAUGAAGAGCGGGUGAAGGUGUCGUCGCCGAAGACGGAGUAUAUUGGGCGGAUGAAUCGGGCAAUUCGGGAGUCUGUGGCGUUGGGAGUUUCCGAAAUUUGGGUUGAGGAGGUUAUGAGGCGGUUUAUUCCGCUUGGUUCGGUGUCUGAUUGUAUACCUGGGCUAUGA